CAAUAACCUCUCUCCCAGCACACACGACACGCACCCACAGUUCCACAAAAAUGGCUCGCGCCUCUCCGGUCGUCCUCGUCUUGGUAGCCGCAGGCCUCGCGGCGGGGGCCAGCGCGACGUCAACGCCGCUCACCAUCACCAACCGGUGCUCCUUCACGGUGUGGCCGGCGGUCGCCCCGGCAGGCCUCGGCACCGAGCUCCACCCGGGAGCCAACUGGAGCGUCGACGAGUCGGCGUUCGACAGCCCCGCGUCCAUAUGGGGGCGCACGGGCUGUUCCUUCGACGCGGCAGGCAGUGGGCUGUGCCGGACGGCCGACUGCGGUAGCGGGCUGCGGUGCGCUACCACCGACCCCCCGGCGCCGGUGACCAGGGCCCAGGUGGCCAGCUCCGAGGGCUUCUACCACUACGGCAUCACUACGGACAAGGGGUUCAACCUGCCGCUGGACCUCACGUGCAGCUCCGGCGACGCGCUACGGUGCCGGGAGGAGGGAUGCCACGACGCGUUCCCCUACGUGGAGUUCAACGAGCACGCCUGCACCGCCGCUGGCAGCCGGCUCCAGAUCGUCUUCUGCCCAUGAUGAGCCAUCGGCAGAACAUGGAGUAUAUAACCAUAUAACAUACACAUAUAGUACGUGUAUCACGGUUGUAGUACACACCCAGACGUGUCAUGUAUUCCCAGCGGUACGUACACUCAUGAAUGCACGUGCGAGUUUCCAAUAAAGUUGUGAUGCAUGUGUGAUGUGCCUUUCA